GUGCGCCUGCUCGCGGCUAGGGCUCGCCUCUGCAGCGUCGUGACUGGCUGCCGCCCGUCCACACUUACCCACCCCUGCCAUGGCGAAGGAAGCGUCAGCUCCGCCGUCCCCCCUGAAAGGCGGGCGCCCUCCAGCAGUCAAAUAUGGAAGUAGGAGAGCUUCCAAAAAGCAAAAAAAUGGAGCUGUUGAGAAAAAUCCCAAGAACCCUGGAAAAGAGAAGACAAGCUCAAUUGUUAGUGUUACAAAAAUGCAAAAUAUGGGUGUCUUACUAGCCGAUGCACUGGAGAAAAUUCUUCAGACAUGCAGUUUUCUCCAGGAUCGGGAAGAGGUUCUCAGAUAUCACAAUGGGCUAGUGUUGUAACAACUGGAACUUGGAAAGAUUCAGAGUGACUUUAACAGCAGCUGGAAUGCUGAUUGGUUCUGCUUGGCACCCCUUAUAGUUGUGUGUGUGUGUGUCUCUCUCUCUCUCUCUCUUCUUCCCCCCCUUCCCCCCCCCAGUCAUUUAUUUACAUGUUAACCAGGCUGAAGUAACUUUGACACUGGUAUGUAUGCAGUGUAGUUGGUGACAACUAGGUGGGAGUCUUUCACUGCUAGUCAAAUACAUGGAGCUGCUAUGUCUCCAGUUUAUACUGUUCAUUUCAAUGGCAGACACUUAAGAUUGGUCUGCUAAAAUAUAAAAGCUUUUAAAAAAAAUCUUUGUGUCAAGAUGAAAUUCAGCAGAAAAAUAGCAAGAAAAAGUGUUUUUCUGUUGUGACUUUUUUCUUUUAAUCUUUCAGAUCAGCCAUAAAUUUCCUGCAGCAGCAGCACAAGUGGCUCAUCAAAAGCCACGACCAGCCCUGGAGAAGAG